UCAUCUGGGGUACGGCACACACACUCACAGCAGCUCUCACGCACACUCACAGCAGCAGAUAAACUUCAAGAAAGGUCCUGUACACUCACUUUUAGUCCUGUCAGCAGGCUGCAAUCGAGAGGUUCUCAAACAACUGAGCCAGUGACUCACCCCCUCUGCACCUCUUGCUGAGCCAUUAUUACCAUGGAAACCCCAGGCCACAAACGCACCAGCCGUGGUGCCGUUGCCCACUCCCCGGCCCGCAUCACCAGGCUGCAGGAGAAGGAGGACCUGUCUAACCUCAAUGACCGGCUGGCUGUCUACAUCGACAAGGUGCGCUCGCUGGAGAUGGAGAACGCCGGACUGCGACUGCGCAUCACUGAGUCCGAGUCCUCUGUCAGCCGUGAUGUGUCGGGCAUGAAGGCGGCCUACGAGACGGAGUUGGCCGACGCCCGCAAGACCCUGGACCAGGUGGCCAAGGAGCGAGCACGCCUGCAGCUGGAGCUGAGCAAGAUCAGGGAGGAGCACAAGGAGCUCAAAGCCAGGAACAGUAAAAAGGAGUCUGACCUCGAGGCGGCUCUGGCCAGGCUGAGGGACCUGGAGGCCCUGCUCAACUCUAAAGAUGCUUCCCUCACCACCGCCUUGGGGGAGAAGCGAGCCCUGGAGGCCGAGGUGAAGGACCUCAAGGCCCAGCUGGCUAAGAUUGAUGGUAACUUGGCGGAUGCCAAGAAGCAGCUGCAGGAUGAGAUGCUCAGGAGAGUGGACGCCGAGAACCGCCUGCAGACCUUGAAGGAGGAACUGGAGUUCCAGAAGAGCAUCUACAACGAGGAGCUGCGCGAGUCCAAGCGUCGGCACGAGUCUCGCAUGGUGGAGGUCGACAGCGGGCGGCAGCUGGAAUUUGAGAGCAAGCUGGCCGAGGCCCUGGCCGAGCUGAGGACCCAAUACGAGGAUCAGCUCAACCUCUACAAGGAGGAGGUGGAGAAGACCUACACCUCUAAGCUGGAGAACGCUCGCCAUUCAGCCGACAGGAACAGCCACUUGGUGGGAGCUGCCCAUGAAGAGCUGCAGCAGACCCGUGUUCGAUUGGAGGGCAUGUCGGGCCAGCUCAGCCUGCUGCAGAAACAGCUGUCAGCAAGCGAGGCCAAGGUGCGGGAGCUUGAGGACGCUCUGACGAGGGAGCGGGACAUGACGCGCCGGCGGCUGGAGGAUAAAGAGCGGGAGAUGGCUGAGAUCCGAGCUAAGAUGCUGCAGCAGCUGGAAGAGUACCAGGAGCUGCUGGACAUCAAACUGGCCCUGGACAUGGAGAUUAAUGCUUACAGGAAGCUGCUGGAGGGAGAGGAAGAGAGGCUGCGUCUGUCACCCAGCCCUCCACCCACCAAGGUCACAGUGACAAGGACCUCCGCCUCAGGCCACGGCCACACCAGCCGCCUUCUCCACUCCGCCACCACCGCCACCGCCUCCAGCAGCCGCAACUCCUCCGGCACGGGCAGCACCAAGAAGCGCCGCCUCAAUGACAACGACAGCGAGACCUCCAGCAUGGUGGGGGGCACUGUGACCAAGACUCGCAUCAGUCAGCACGCUUCAGCCAGCGGGCGCAUCACCGUGGACGAGGUCGACCUGGAGGGCAAGUUCGUCCGUCUCAGCAACAAGGCCGACGAGGACCAGUCUCUGGGCAACUGGCAGGUGAAGAGGCAAGUGGGUAAUGGCAGCCCCAUUACCUACAAGUUCCCCCACAAGUUCACUCUGAAGGCUGGAGGAACUGUCACUAUCUGGGCUGCCUCUGGCAAUGGAACCCACAACCCCCCCUCCGACCUGGUGUGGAAGAGCCAGAACUCGUGGGGCACCGGCGACCUCCUGCAGACCUCCCUGAUCAGCGCCAACGGCGAGGAAAUGGCCAUGAGGAAAGUGACACGCACCCUGUUCCAUGACGAUGAUGAUGAUGACACGGGAGCUCACAGCACGAGCGGCGCAGACAACGAGUACAACCUGAGGAGCCGCACGGUGAUCUGCGACUCCUGCGGGCAGUCGGCGGAUCGCAGCUCAGGAGUUUGCAGCAGCGGGGGUCUACCUGAAGGCCUCGGGGGACACUCUUUUUUUAUGGGCACCAAUGAGCCCAGACAGGGCCGCGUGAAGCCGGAGAACUGCUCCAUCAUGUAGAAACCAGAGUGCACCUCACCUCCUGUAGCCCACAGAGGAGAAUCAUUUUCUACCGUUGGGAUAUUUGUCUUUAUUUUUUUAUAUGAUCUCGUCUUAUUUUGUACUCAGAUUCACGGAGCCAAGGACUGGCCAUAGAAAACAAAAUAUACAGAGGCCGUGUUUUAGUACACAGAGCGCUCGAAAUGACGUGAGCAGAUCCAAUUCGUUCCCACGUAUUGAUCUUGAUGCAUUUUUCAUAAUUCUAUAUAUUUUCCUUUCUAUGGCCUCUCCCCGCCUGCGUACAGAUUAAUCUGCAGGUUUCAUUUGUUUUGAGGUUUUUGGCAAAGGGCGCAGGAUUCUCAUAUUCAGCUUUGGAGGGGUUUUUUUUGUAUGUUCAAGUUAUGUUAUUGCAUGUGUUCUGUGCUAAUGCUUGUAUUGUAUCCAUCUUGCUCUUCUUGCGCGCACACACACACACACACACACACACAGAGCUCCAUUGACCAGUGCUUGUGCUUCGAUCCGAGCCGGGGUUUCACAUUUAAUGGCCAGGCUGUCAACACUCAGCACGCACAGCUAGUGAACCCUGUCAGGACCGGACCUCUGCAGCCAUACAGACAGCAGGAGGAGGAAUCCUGUGGGGUUUGUUUGUCAGGUUUAUCGCCCCUCAAAUAGAUCAAAUCUUUAUUUAAGAUGUUAAUUCUGUUUACAAUUGAAAUUUGUUCUCCUUUGAUUGAACAGUAUUGUGCUAUCUUUAUAUAUGCUACAGUAAAUAAAUAGAUAGGGUUUAUUUUCUUAAAACAAAACAAAUACUAACGAAAGCCAAAGUACUGAAAGCUCAGGGUGUUCAGCAGGUUUUUCACCUUAGCCUUAGACAAACAUGUCGGCAUAUGUUUUCUACAGUUUGUGGAUUUAGAUCAAUGGAUGGGCAGCUGUGCUACACACAGAGAAAAUAAUUAUUUUAGAUGCGUAUAUUUUCUCUGUAAUUGACAGCUGGCCCCCAGAGAAAUGUUUGAUUACCUUGAACGUGUGUUGAAACAAGUUGCUGGAUAAGUUGAAUGUACACGGUUAACAGGUGUAUCUCAGUUUGACGUACAUUUAAAUGUGUUGCCUUAUUAUUUUUUUCUUUAAACAAAUUCCAAAGAUGUUUUGUUAUGGCCAUGGGGAAAAGUAGAAAUAGUUUCUUACAUGGGGAAAUAUCAGGAAUGGGUGCUGUGUCUUUAUUAACAUAUUUGGUGCCGUAUAUGCAGCACAUCUCAGCUUAUUCAACCAAGUCAACACUAUUCUAACAGAGAAGCAUUGUGUGUGAGUGCGACAGUGGUUUUUGGAAACAUUUAACAAGUUUCUUUUUUUUACAGACUGAAAAAACAAAUGUGCCUUGAGAGGAGAGAAAAUCAUGAACAACCGCUGGUCUUUGCACACAUGCCUCAUAUCACAGUCUUGUGACUGUCAGCUGUCCUUUGUGUUGCUCCUAAGAACUGGUCAUAAGGGCUUUUUUUCCCCCCUUUCCUUUAAGAUUACUGGCUCUGCAAAUCCCCAGGCGUGAUUUUUGAAAAUCUGAGUAGGAUUGAGGGUUUUUGUGUACUUUGUGACUUCACGCACUGCUUUUAUUGAGGGCCUCGCCAAAUAUGCACAGCAGGUAGAUUUGUACUGUAGUCUGGCAGCUUAAGUCAUUUAUACUCAAGUGAAAAUCAUAUCAAAGCAUUUAUGGAAAAUACUUGAUAGCUUCUUUCUUUUCUAUUGUACUUGUAAGGUAUUUGUGCCACAUUAGAUUCUUUUUUGUUUUUGCGAUGCCUGAUUUUGACCUUAUGAUUCCCACAGUGCCUUAAAAAGUCCAUGACAAUCUUUAGUUAAAGAAAAGGCCAACUCCAAAGGUGCUUAGUAUUUGGCCUCUGCAACUGAUUUAUAAGACAGAGAAUUUAUCUCUACAUUUACAAGACAUGAUUACUGUAUAAUUGUGUUAAAAUAUGCAACUAUUGAGGAAAUCUUCUCUGUCAGAGCAGCUCAUUUAAAGGAAGAACUUCUUCCUGUGCAACACUUCGUCUUGUUUUCAUGUUUUCUUACAGAACAGACAGUUGCUCUUUAACAUUUGUAAGCAGUGUUAGUUCAAGUUAAUGAAGAACCACUUACAAAAUCAGAUUCAAACCACAGAUGUGCUCGAUGUGACAAAACCUCUUGAAGGGUCUCUGUGAAAUCCUGAACCCUCCCUGAUGGAGGCCUCAUGAAUCGUUUGAAGGACUUGAGGAUUUAAAAUGUCACAGAAAGGGAUUUCUUGUUAUUAAUGCUUUAGUGCCAAAGUUGUAAUUAGCUUGAAGUGGGAUUUGUGUUAUUCCUGUCAUAACGUUACUGUAACAUUGGUAAAGCCUUUGUGCAUUCAGUUGAUUUUCUUUUCUUUUCUAAAACAAUGAGUAAAAAUCUUUUUUUUCCAA